UCCUCAGGAACUUGCUAACCAUAAAUAUAUACACACACAUCUUGCUCUUAUAUCUCAUAUAUCUCAGCUUGUAGCUACAUUUUUUUCCCCUUGAGGUACAAAAUAAAUUUUGUUAUAUUAAAUUUUUGUGACAUAAAAUGGAGUGCGAGAACGGUGUUAUCGCUAAUGGACAUGCAAACGGGAACGGGGUGGAGUUGUGCAUGAAGGGGGAUCCGUUGAACUGGGGAGUGGCGGCGGAGGCGAUGACGGGGAGUCAUUUGGAUGAAGUGAAGAGGAUGGUGGCGGAGUAUAGGAAGCCGGUGGUGAAGUUGGGGGGAGAAACCUUGACGAUAUCUCAGGUGGCGGCGAUUUCGGCGAGGGAUGGGAGUGGCGUGACGGUGGAGCUGUCGGAGGCGGCGAGAGCGGGAGUGAAGGCGAGUAGUGAUUGGGUGAUGGACAGCAUGAACAAAGGGACGGAUAGUUAUGGUGUAACUACGGGGUUUGGGGCGACUUCUCAUAGGAGGACUAAGCAAGGUGGUGCUCUUCAGAAAGAGCUCAUUAGGUUCUUGAAUGCUGGAAUAUUUGGUAAUGGAUCAGACAACACAUUACCCCACUCAGCAACCAGAGCAGCCAUGCUAGUGAGAAUCAACACUCUUCUCCAAGGCUACUCUGGAAUCCGAUUCGAGAUUCUCGAAGCGAUCACCAAGUUCUUGAACCAGAACAUCACUCCCUGUUUGCCACUACGUGGUACCAUCACUGCUUCUGGUGAUCUCGUACCAUUGUCCUACAUUGCUGGUCUUCUCACUGGCCGUCCCAAUUCGAAGGCCGUGGGACCCACCGGAGCCGUUCUCAGCCCCGAAGAAGCGUUUAAGCUUGCUGGAGUGGAAGGUGGAUUUUUCGAGUUGCAGCCGAAAGAAGGCCUUGCGCUUGUCAAUGGAACGGCUGUUGGUUCUGGCAUGGCCUCUAUGGUGCUUUUUGAGGCUAAUAUUUUGGCUGUUUUGGCUGAAGUCAUGUCAGCGAUUUUCGCGGAAGUGAUGCAAGGAAAGCCUGAAUUCACAGACCAUUUGACACAUAAGUUGAAGCACCAUCCGGGCCAGAUCGAGGCCGCGGCUAUAAUGGAACACAUUUUGGAUGGAAGUGCUUAUGUUAAGGCUGCUCAGAAGUUGCAUGAAAUGGAUCCAUUACAAAAGCCGAAACAGGACAGAUAUGCUCUGAGGACAUCUCCUCAGUGGCUUGGUCCUCAGAUUGAAGUCAUUCGAUCAUCGACUAAGAUGAUUGAAAGAGAGAUUAAUUCGGUUAAUGAUAACCCCUUGAUUGAUGUUUCAAGAAACAAGGCUAUACAUGGUGGCAAUUUCCAGGGCACGCCUAUUGGAGUGUCGAUGGACAAUACGCGUUUGGCGAUUGCAGCGAUAGGAAAGCUCAUGUUUGCUCAAUUUUCAGAACUUGUCAAUGAUUUUUACAACAAUGGGUUGCCAUCGAAUUUGUCUGGAGGGCGUAAUCCGAGUUUGGAUUAUGGAUUCAAGGGAGCUGAGAUUGCCAUGGCUUCUUACUGCUCUGAACUUCAGUUUCUAGCCAAUCCAGUGACCAACCAUGUUCAAAGUGCUGAACAACACAAUCAAGAUGUGAACUCCUUGGGCUUGAUUUCUUCCAGGAAAACAUCAGAAGCUGUCGAAAUCUUGAAACUCAUGUCUACCACGUUUUUAGUUGGCCUCUGCCAAGCAAUAGACUUGAGGCAUUUGGAGGAGAAUUUGAAAAACACCGUCAAAAACACUGUAAGCCAAGUAGCCAAGCGAGUACUCACCACUGGUGUCAACGGUGAACUCCAUCCCUCAAGAUUCUGUGAGAAAGAUUUGCUCAGAGUGGUGGACCGCGAAUAUAUCUUCGCAUACAUUGAUGAUCCCUGCAGCGCAACCUACCCAUUGAUGCAAAAACUAAGGCAAACACUGGUUGAACACGCACUUAAAAACGGUGACAGUGAGAGGAACCUGAGCACCUCCAUCUUCCAAAAGAUCGCGACAUUUGAGGAUGAGCUAAAGGCCCUUCUGCCUAAAGAAGUUGAAAGUGCUAGAACCGCGCUGGAAAGUGGAAAUCCAGCAAUCCCAAACAGGAUCAAGGAGUGCAGGUCGUACCCAUUGUACAAGUUCGUGAGGGAAGAGCUGGGAACUGAAUAUCUUACAGGAGAAAAAGUGCGGUCACCUGGAGAAGAGUUCGAUAAGGUUUUCACAGCAAUGAGCAAAGGAGAGAUCAUUGAUCCUUUGUUAGAGUGCCUCCACUCAUGGAAUGGUGCUCCACUUCCAAUCUGUUAACUGGACAUGCAUGCAAUUCGUGUCGUUUAUCAAGCUUUUCUACCUGUCGAGAUUUUUUUUUCUUGCUUCUUGCUGUCUAUCCGAAGUGGAUAUGUAUGUAAAAUUCUUUUGAAUGCUGUAAAAUGUUUUUAAAAUAAUAUACAAGUAUCUUACUACUAAAAUAA